AUGGCCAAGGCCCGCCAGGACGCCAGUACUGCCGCCCGCCAGAUCGCCGACAAGGACAAGCAGAUUGCUGAGAUCCAAGGCAAGCUGGCCGAGCUCGAAGAGCAUGUGCGUACUGUUGACGAUGAUCUGGCCAACAGCCGCGAGCUGUUCAGCGAGAAGAGCCGUGUGUUGGCGCAGACCACCUCGCAGCUGCAGGAAGCACAGUAUGCGCUGGAGAAGGCGAAGGCGUGCGAACAAGGCAGCUGCUGGAGAAUGCAGCAAAGGAGCUUGAGUCUGCUGCGCGAAGCAUUGGCUGAGGCGCGCCAGCAGGCCAAGGAACAGGCGUCGAGAGACCAGGCGGAGAUCGGCAAGCUGCGCGCUCAGCUGGGCACAUUCGACCAGCAGGCCAAGCAGGCCAGCCAGGUAGAGCGCCUGGAGGCAGAACAGGCUGAGCGCAUGGCCGAGUUGGAGACGCUGCGCAGCAACCUCCAGCGUUCUGAUGAGCAGCAGGCUGCGACUCCAGGUCGAAGUGGACCGGCUACGUGA